GGGGGGUUUGCGUGAACCGCUUCCUCCCUUUUAGUACGUAGCUCCUCCCCUUCUGCUUCACUCCCGGCAGGACACGUGAAGGCAUUUGGUGCAGCGGCGGUAACGGGCGGGUGACUGUGGAGGACAAGCCUGUGCCGGUGAUCAUGGAACUGAAGUGGCUACUUUUUGCGACCUUUCUAAUUGUUGGGUCAGUAACAAUAAAGGCACAUGGCGGGGACCAUCACCACCACCAUCAUGAACAUGACCACGAGCAUGACCACGAGCAUGACCACGAUGAUGGAUUAGACAUAGAUGAUGAUUUGGAUGAUAUCAUUGAAGGUGAAGAGUCAAAGCCAGAGACCAGCACUCCACCUCCUGCUCCAAAGGUUACUUACAAAGCUCCAGUCCCAACCGGUGAGGUAUAUUUUGCAGAGUCAUUUGACAAAGGCACAUUGGAAGGGUGGGUUCUCUCAAAAGCCAAGAAAGAUGACACCGAUGAGGAGAUUGCUAAAUAUGAUGGCAAAUGGGAAGUUACUGAGAUGAAAGAGUCUAAACUCCCUGGGGACAAAGGACUUGUUCUGAUGUCACGAGCCAAGCACCAUGCUAUUGGCGGCAAACUUAAAAAGCCAUUCAUCUUUGAUAAGAAACCUUUAAUUGUUCAGUAUGAAGUUAACUUUCAGAGCGGAAUCGAGUGUGGUGGAGCAUAUGUAAAGCUGCUGUCCAAGACACCUGACCAGAACCUGGAUCUGUUCCAUGAUAAAACACCUUACACCAUCAUGUUUGGUCCUGACAAGUGUGGAGAAGAUUACAAGCUACACUUCAUCUUCCGUCACAAAAACCUUAAGACUGGAGAAUAUGAGGAGAAACAUGCAAAGAGACCUGACACCGACCUGAAAUCCUACUUCUCAGACAAGAGAACACAUCUCUACACACUAGUCUUGAAUCCUGAUAACAGCUUUGAAGUCCUGAUUGAUCAAACUGUGGUAAACACUGGGAACCUGCUAACAGAUGUGAACCCCCCUGUCAAUCCACCCAGUGAGAUUGAGGACCCAGAUGACAAGAAGCCUGAAGACUGGGACGAGAAGCCAAAAAUACCCGACCCUGAUGCUGUCAAACCUGAUGACUGGGAUGAGGAUGCCCCAGCAAAGAUCCCUGACGAGAAUGCAGUAAAGCCUGAGGGUUGGAUGGAUGAUGAACCUGAGUACAUUGCCGACCCUGAUGCAGAAAAGCCUGAAGAUUGGGAUGAGGAUAUGGAUGGAGAAUGGGAGGCACCUCAAGUGGCAAACCCCAAAUGCGAGUCUGCGUCUGGCUGUGGAGUCUGGCAACGCCCCACAAUUGACAACCCUAACUACAAAGGAAAAUGGAAGGCACCAAUGAUUGACAACCCCAGUUACCAGGGUAUCUGGAAACCACGCAAGAUCCAAAAUCCAGAUUACUUUGAAGAUCUCGAGCCCUUCAAGAUGACUCCAUUUUUCGCUAUUGGUCUGGAACUGUGGUCCAUGACUUCUGAUAUCUUCUUUGACAACUUCAUUGUGUGUAGUGACAGAGCUGUGGCUGAGGAUUGGGCAAAUGCUGGCUGGGGCUUGAAGAAGGCAGCUGACGGAGCUGCAGAGCCCAGUGUAGUGGGUCAAAUGAUGUCUGCAGCUGAGGAGAGGCCUUGGCUCUGGAUUGUCUACAUUCUGACAGUGGCUUUGCCAGUGUUCCUGGUCAUUCUGUUCUGCUGCUCAGGCAAGAAACAGCCAGCAGAUGCAAGGCACAAGAAAACCGAUGCUCCCCAGCCUGACGUGAAGGAGGAGGAGGAGGAAGAAGAGGAGGAGAAGGAGACCAACAAAGAAGCAGAGGAAGAAAAAAACGAGGAGCCAGUUGAGGAGCAGACGGGUGAAGAUGUGGGAGAUGCUGGACAUGGAAGCCAGGAAGAAGAAGAAGAAGAAGAGGAGGAGGAGGAGGAAGAGGUGGCGGAGGAGCAGCAAGAUCCCACAACUAAGGAAGAAGAUAUUUUGAACAGAUCUCCCAGAAAUCGAAAACCGCGAAGAGAUUAAACAAACACCUAGGAAAGAAAUCCAACUUAGAACUUGAAUAUUUGGCAAAGUUAAUAUAUGGGAAAAAAAAAAAAAAGUUUGCAGUUUCUUCAAAAUUGCAGCGAAAAACUGACUACCACCCUGGUUCUACAUUCACCGAAGCCACAAGAUGCUGUCGCCCACGUGUUGCAGCUGAAUUUAAACAGUGUGUCUAGAAUUUGCAGUCACCAAGAUGGCGGCAAAAUAAAAUCCAUCUUUUCUGUAUUUAACCUUAGUUGACUUCUCUGUGGGGAUAUGCAGUGUAACGAAAACUAACUGUGCUGUUUGUUUGAUUUUAAAGAGCUUUUUAAAAGAACAAUAUAGUAUUGCCAAAAAUCUUCCGAACUUCAGUGUAAUAAAAUGUAUUAAUCCUAGAAAAACAAUUAAGAAAAUGUUUAGGAAGCUAUCUUUAAAAAAUGAAAAGCAGAAUAUUUUUUUUCCUUUCACCAUCUAUAGAACUCUCUCCCCUUAGGGAUGUCAAUAGAUUUUUUUAUUUUUUGUUUGUUAACCAGAGCACCCCCCUAAAUAUUGCAGUACAUUCUCAUUUGGUUCCAACAGCAUGUUUCUAUCCUGACUCCAUGCAUGCUGCCCUUGGUCUCUGGUAAAAGUGGGCCUCACGGACCAAAAAACAAUGUUCCACUUUAGGCAGGCUCUAGGAUUUUGUCCCUCUCCUGUGUGUGUGUGAGCUUAUGUAAAUAUAAAUAUAUACAUAUA